AUACAGAAAUAGAAUUUUCGUUAGGAGAAAAAAGAGUUACAUAUAGUACUUUCUCCAUUUUUUUUUAAUUAACUAAUCGAUUAAAUAGUAUCACAUAAAAUAAAGCUGUGAUAAAAUCAAAUUCGAACGUUACUGGGGUUGAGUUCAAAUAGUGUGUGGGGCCCAUUGUCCCGUUGAAAAAGACGACCUUCGCUUGGCAGAAUUCUAAAGAAACUUCACAAAACGAAGCACUUGGCUUAAAUUUAAAAAAAUGACACCUUUAGCUUCUUCUUACUCUAUGAGUGGCCUUUCUACACACAACGUGUAUCUCUAAUUUUUUUUUUUUCCAAUUUGAAUUUCAAAUUUAAAAUCCUGAGAUCAAAAAACAGACAGUUAGAUAAGUGAGAUUUUCAGGCCAUAAAAAAUCAAAUUUAAGUAACGGCAGAAUAAUUAUUCUGCUGAUUUUUCAGGUUCCAUUCUUGUUUUUUUCCUUGCAGACUAAAAUGAUGGAAGAUUCAUCUUGUCUUAUGCAUGGUUUUUCUUAUGCUUCUGCCAUACCCAAUGAAGUAAAACAGGGGAACCCUAUGCAUGCACUUGGGGAGUCAAUUUCCUUUGGGAGAUUUAUGUCCGAGUCAUUGGAUUGGGAAAAAUGGUCGACUUUUUCUCAUAGAAGAUAUGUAGAGGAGGCUGAGAGGUAUGCUAAGCCAGGUUCUGUUGCCCAGAAAAAAGCAUUCUUUGAAGCUCAUUACAAGAAAAUUGCUGCCCAAAAGGCUGCAGCUUUGCUUGAACAAGCUAAUCAAGAAAACCCCAAUUCUGAAAUCAUCAAGAAUACAGCCACUGAUUCUGCUUCACUUGCGAAACCACCCCAUGUGGAAGUUAAUCUAGAACAGGUUCAUGAGAACCCUGAUGCUCUAACAACAGAUUCCAUGGUUAAGGCUUCAGUUUCGGUUGCUGAAGGAGUUGCUAAUGUGGAGGAGACAGAAAGUGAGUCCCCGGCGGAGGGUCCCGGUACUCCUGAAGCUAUAGAGAACGAACCAUCAAACCUGAUUGAGAAUGGUCAAAGCCAAGAAACAGUUUCAGGGUCUGAGAUUAGUGAAACAUCUCAAACUGAGAAACCAUUGCUGAAUAUGAAGAACUCCAGCUCUAACCUUGAUGAUGAUGAUGCAUCAGUGACAAGCAAGAAAAAGUCUGCUUUCUCUUCAUUCAAAUCAGCAGUCUACUCCAAAAAAUAUAAAAUUCCACCUUCACCUACUAGGCAUAACAUUCUUCUUGAUGUCGAUAAAGAGAACAAUUUCACUCCAAUCACAACAAAUUCUAACUUGGACUUGACGAACGAAAUGAGACCAACCGCAAAAUCUUUGAGCAAGUUGAUCAACUUUACUCCAGUCAAAGAGCCACACAAGAUACCCCCUCCACCCCCCUUCCUCAAGAAGGAAAGUUCAAAGGUUGCUCCCACUAGUAGCAAGGCAUCUAAGAAGUGUGCAACUCCUCUUAAGACUCCUGUGGCAACAUCAAAUGGUGCAUCAAGCCGUCCCAUGACAACGCCAUCUUCAGAAAGUAGAAGGAUUAAAACACCAAUUCAUCCCUCAGCUUCACGAAGUAGAACAGCAGGGCCUAAAUGGAACAUUUUGUCUUCUGUCUCCAAGUCUUUCACAGCCUACCGAAACAAAUUGCACUCACCAACUGUAUCCACUCCUUUCCCUUUGAGGACAGAAGAAAGAGCUGCACGAAGGAAACAGAAGCUUGAAGAAAAAUUCAACGCCAAGGAGGAAAAGAAAGUUCAACAACAAACGACAUUAAAGGAGAAAGCAGGAACGGAGCUUAGGAAACUCCGACAAAGCCUUUGCUUCAAAGCUCGGCCCCUGCCUGACUUCUACAAGGAAACAGAAGCAGCAAAAGACCACACAAAAAAGAUCCCAGUAACACAAGCUCAAUUGCCCAAACGUGGAAGAAUGCCAUAUCCAAGCUCAAAGCAAGGCUUAGUCUCGAAGCCAGCUUCUGCAUCUUUGACGAAGAGUGGCUCUUGCAAGAAUCCAAGAAAGAAUAUUAGCUGAUAAGUGAAAACUCACAAAUCUUCGCUCCUUGCAAAGAAAGCGUUUCAAUUGGGCAUUUCUUUUGGAGAUGUAUGAAUGUCUUCCCUUAAUAUGAUUAAGGAGAAGCAACUCCAAAAUCUUGUAUAAACGCUAUCGAGAGGUAGAAAUAUUUAAAUUUUUGGAGUUCUGGACGGACCAUAAUUGGAGAAUGGUAUCUAGUAUUGAGCCGCCUUUUACAAAA